UUCGCUUUCAGUCUUCGUUUGUCUCGCAUCCUCUUUCCUGUUUCUCACACAACUACCUACAGCCAUGGAUGAUGAUGUUGCUGCAUUGGUCUGUGACAACGGCUCCGGUAUGUGCAAGGCCGGUUUCGCCGGUGACGACGCUCCAAGAGCUGUCUUUCCCUCCAUAGUCGGACGCCCAAGACAUCAGGGCGUGAUGGUCGGUAUGGGUCAGAAAGACAGCUAUGUUGGUGACGAGGCUCAGUCCAAGAGAGGUAUACUCACCCUCAAGUACCCUAUCGAGCAUGGUAUCGUCACCAAUUGGGACGACAUGGAGAAAAUCUGGCAUCACACCUUCUACAACGAACUCCGAGUGGCUCCAGAGGAGCACCCCGUCCUCCUGACAGAGGCUCCCCUCAACCCCAAGGCCAACCGAGAAAAGAUGACCCAGAUCAUGUUCGAGACCUUCAACUCUCCAGCUAUGUUUGUGGCUAUCCAGGCUGUUCUGUCUCUGUACGCUUCUGGUCGUACCACGGGUAUUGUUCUGGACUCUGGUGAUGGUGUCACCCACACUGUCCCCAUCUAUGAAGGUUAUGCUCUUCCCCACGCCAUCAUGAGAUUGGAUCUUGCUGGCCGUGACCUGACUGAUUACCUCAUGAAGAUCCUUACUGAGCGCGGCUACUCCUUCACCACCACUGCUGAGCGAGAAAUCGUCAGAGACAUCAAGGAGAAACUGUGCUACAUCGCCCUUGACUUCGAGCAGGAAAUGGCAACUGCCUCAUCAUCUUCCUCCCUGGAGAAGAGCUACGAGUUGCCCGAUGGCCAAGUCAUCACCAUUGGAAACGAGAGAUUCCGUUGUCCAGAGGCCCUCUUCCAGCCUUCCUUCUUGGGUAUGGAAACAGUUGGUAUUCACGAAACCACAUUCAACUCCAUUAUGAGGUGUGAUGUUGAUAUCCCUAUGUAUGUGGCCAUCCAGGCUGUUCUGUCUUUGUACGCUUCUGGUCGUACCACGGGUAUUGUUCUGGACUCUGGUGAUGGUGUCACCCACACUGUCCCCAUCUAUGAAGGUUAUGCCCUUCCCCACGCCAUCAUGAGAUUGGAUCUUGCUGGCCGUGACCUGACUGAUUACCUCAUGAAGAUCCUCACUGAACGUGGAUACUCCUUCACCACCACUGCUGAGAGAGAAAUCGUCAGAGACAUCAAGGAGAAACUGUGCUACAUCGCCCUUGACUUCGAGCAGGAAAUGGCAACUGCCUCAUCAUCUUCCUCCCUGGAGAAGAGCUAUGAGUUGCCCGAUGGCCAAGUCAUCACCAUUGGUAACGAGAGGUUCCGUUGUCCAGAGGCCCUCUUCCAGCCUUCCUUCUUGGGUAUGGAAACAGUUGGUAUUCACGAAACCACAUUCAACUCCAUUAUGAGGUGCGAUGUUGAUAUCCGUAAGGACUUGUACGCCAACACUGUUCUCUCAGGAGGUACCACCAUGUUCCCUGGUAUCGCCGACAGAAUGCAGAAGGAGAUCACAUCCCUUGCCCCAAGCACAAUGAAGAUCAAGAUCAUCGCUCCCCCAGAGAGGAAAUACUCCGUCUGGAUCGGUGGCUCCAUCCUUGCCUCUCUGUCCACCUUCCAGCAGAUGUGGAUCAGCAAGCAGGAGUACGAUGAGUCCGGCCCAUCCGUUGUGCACAGGAAGUGCUUCUAAAUGUUUUAGAGAAUAAUGUUUAACGAACUUGAUGACUAUGUAACCUUUGCCCACAUAUUUCUUACUAUAACUUUUAUAAAUCUAUUUGUUUUUGACAACAACCCGAUCAGCCUGAUGAAUUGUUUAUGUUGACGUAGAAAGUAUUCUGUGGACACACGAGGGCAAUAAACAAUUGGAAUUGAA